AUGCGUGAAAAACUAAUUAAGAAAAUUGUUCUAUCAAUAGACCCAGUAACUAAAGAAUUUAAACUGCUAUAUCAGAAAAUAUGUGAAUACUUUGAUAAUUUUAGAUGUACAUUUAAUAAGGAUAUGACAGCUCUUGCCAAGGAUUUACUUGUUAAAAACUAUGAUCCAACAGAUGAAAAUAUCGAACAAUUCAUUGCUAGUAAAAUUGCAGUUCAUAACAAAGAAAAACCAUCCUAUAGUGAAAAUGUCUUGACAAAAAUUAAGAAGCUCAAUCAAUUUACUCUUCAUAUAACUAUUCCAUUGCAAGCCAAUGAAAUUGUGCAAAUGAAUUAG